AUGUCUACCAAGGUCGAGCCAUACAUGGAGGUUGGAACAGUGAUAGCCGAUCCCGAGUACCACACAAGGUACAUGUUGAAGAAGCUCCUUGGAAGAGGAGCAUAUGCACAAUGCUAUCUAGCAGAGAUAGAAAAUGGCGAACAGUAUGCAAUGAAGGUUGUUAGGUUAAAGGACAUUAAGAGCCGGAAAGUCCAUGAGAAGCUUGAGUCCGAGAUAGCAAUACACUCGAGGCUGGACAAUCCCAAUAUUGUCAAGAUGUAUAGGUCGUUUAGAAACGAAGAAUAUGUCUUUAUGGUUCUCGAGCUCUGUGAGAGAGGGGCUUUGGAUAUACUCCUAAAGAGAAAUGGAAAGCUGAAAGAAAGACAUGUAGCGAAGUUUGUCAAGCAGACGGUCGAGGGACUUGUAUAUCUUCACAACACCGUUAGUGUUGUGCACAGAGAUCUGAAGCUUGGGAAUCUGUUUCUAGAUUCGAAGUUUAAUGUGAAGAUAGGAGACUUUGGCCUGAGUGCGGUGAUAAAAGACGGAGAAAAAAAGAUCACCAUGUGCGGAACACCGAACUAUAUAGCACCGGAGGUAUUGUUUGGAAAGGCAAGUGGACACUCCUUUGAGGCAGAUGUAUGGUCUCUUGGAGUGAUCAUCUACACAUUGCUUGUUGGAGUUCCUCCGUUCCAGAAGAAGAAUGUAGAAGAUAUAUACAAGAUGAUAAAGCUUAACAAAUACAUCUUUCCAGAGAACUGCGACCUUUCAAGCGAAGCCAUUGAUCUGAUAACCCAGAUUCUGAACACAAAUCCUCUAGAAAGGCCGACGUUGGAACAUAUUCUCAACCACAGGUUCUUGUCGAGAAAGGAGCAUUUUCUGAUGAGAAUAUACAAGAAUCUGGUGGUCAACAGGACACAAGAGGGUGUUAUCGACACGGACUAUGUUCUCUUCAGCAUUCCUGUGACAAGGCUAAGGGGAAUUGGAUAUGUGCUGAAGUCUGGGGUUUAUGGAAUAUACUUCAGUGACCACAGAAAUCUAAUGCUAAAGCCAAACAAGAAGAGCGUCAUCUAUCUGAAUUCGACGAUCGAGGGGGGAAAGAGGGUAUUUUACAAGGAGGAGCAUCUAGUUGAAAAAAUACCUGGGGAGAUUCUUGAAUCGUACAAGGCCCUGGAGUAUUUUAUCAGGACAUUUGAUAAUGGAUUUAGCUUUUUGGAUGUUGAACCAUGCUUUAUUGUGAAGAUAAGGAAGAUAGAAUGUGGAUUUCUGUUUGUGAUGGCCGAUAGCACCAUUGUGUUUGACUUUUCGGAUGGAUGGAGAGUGGUGGUGUCUAGGUAUGGAGAAAGAGUAUCGUGCUACAAUGGACUUGGGCUUGCCUCGUUUAACUCAGAGAUAAGAAAGAAGUGCAUAGAGAUUUUGAAGAACUGUCUUGGGUGUGGAUAA